UCGUUCUACGAUUCUAUGACAUCACCAAAGCCCCGAGGUGAUACCGCCAGCCCCAUGAGGGCAGUGAGGGGUGCUCAGCCGGCUGAGUGCCCCCGAGGGCGGUGGCGGGGCAUGACGGCAGCCCACGCCGAGCCAGGAGCUCUCCGCUCCCCGCCCGGCCAGCAGGGCCUCAGCCGCUCCACAGCUCGCCCCUUGCCGCUGGCUUGGCCGCCCAGGCGGCGGUUUCGCUUUCGUUUCCUCGCCCAGGAGGCGAGGGACCGGCGGAGGCGGAGCCGCUUCCGCGCCCGGCCCGCCGGGAGCGGCUCUGUCGGGGGAAGGCAGCCGGGGCCGACCAUGGCGCUGGACACCCAGGCGCUGAGGGCGCUGUGCGCCGGCGGCGGCAGCCUGGAGCUGGACGAGCUGCAGCGGCGGCUGCCGGGCCGGCCCGCGGCGGAGCAGCUGAGGGCGGUGCUGCGGAAUUCGCAGCGCUUCACGCUGGUUCAGACGCCCGACGAGGCUGGGGCGGCGGCGGCGGAGGCGGUGCUGGUGGUGGCCACCAGCGCGUUGCGGCUGUGCCCGGAGCACGGCGCCGGCUGCCGGGGGGGCUGCGGGCGGCUGCACCUCUGCAAGUACCACCUGAAGGGCGUCUGCCGCAACCAGCAGGCCAGGAAGGAAUGCAAGUUUGUUCACGACUUCUACUCUUCCCAUAAUCACUCUGUUCUCAGACAGCACGGACUUGACACUUUUAGCAGUGAUGAACUUCGCCAGCUUCUGCUCCAAAAUGACCCUACCCUCCUACCAGAGGUCUGCUUGCAUUACAACAAAGGCGAUGGACCUUAUGGAUCUUGCACCUUUAAAAAGAUCUGCACCAAACUGCAUAUUUGCCAGUACUUUUUGCGGGGACAGUGCCGAUUUGGCAGCAGCUGCAAGCGAUCCCAUGACUUCUCAAAAUCAGAAUGCUGUGAGAAACUGGAGAAACAGGGAAUGAGCCCCGAUGUUAUUCAGAAACUGCCCUCCAUUUACAGAAAUAUGUAUGCCAUACAAAAUAGCAAGGGAAGCAGGCAUGACACAGAAGAUAACAAGUCUUCACCAUGCAAAGAGAGAAAACACAGCUCUAGCCAGGAGUCCACAUCUACCAGUAAUGAAGUGGAACAGAUCUGUUUGUAUAAUCUGUACAGAAGUUGUAUCUUUGAAGACAAGUGUAUCAGAACUCAUUUUCACUUGCCGUAUAGAUGGCAGAUCUCUGAUGGUAAUACCUGGAAGGACUUGGAGAAUAUGGAAGAAAUAGAGAGAGAAUAUUGUGACCCCAAUAACGUCAGAUCUUCUAGACCCAUUUCUGAUCGUAGCUUUAUCUUGUCAUACAUCUCUUUUGUGGAUAUGCAGACUGGGUUAAAAAAGGUCAGACGUCUUUCCACAGCCUCCUCUGUGACCAAACCACCUCACUUCAUUCUUACAACAGAAUGGACUUGGUACUGGAAAGAUGAACAUGGCAUGUGGCGGGAAUAUGGAAAAAAACACAGUGAUCAAGUAGCUGCCACUGUAACCAGUGAUGACCUGGAGAAAGCUUACACAGCAGGAAGUUCUCCAAAGCUGAACUUCAAAGCAGGAGUGCACGAAUAUGAACUGGAUUUUGGAGCCAUGACUCAGAAAAAUCUUCGGUACAGAACAGAGAGAAAGGUUUGCAGAAGACCUAAAUUUGUGUCCCAGUCAGAGGUCGAAAAGAUAAGAAAAAGGGGCUUUAAGAAUACAGAAGAAUUUAAGAGGAUUCCACCUCACUGGGACAAAUCUGCUCUGCCUGAGCUGGGAUUCAAGCUGAUUGAUCUUGACAGUUCUUCUGAAGAAUACAACAAAGUCAAGGGGGACUUUCAACGCACAAUGCCAAAAACACACAUUAAAAGGAUUUGUAGAAUUCAGAACCCAUCUCUCUGGGAACUGUAUCAAUGGCAGAAGGAACAAAUGCAGAAGAGCAAUGGUGGAAAGACAGAUGAACGUUUCUUAUUUCAUGGAACCAGUAAAAAACACAUUGAUGCCAUCUGUCAUCAAAACUUUGACUGGAGGAUCUGUGGCCUUAAUGGGACAGUCUAUGGCAAAGGAAGCUAUUUUGCAAGAGAUGCAUCGUAUUCUGACAUCUACUGCAGGGAAGGUUCGUGCGCCAAGACCAUGUUUCUGGCACGGGUGUUGGUGGGAGAGUUCACUGUUGGUAGAUCGAGUUAUGUUCGCCCUCCCCUGAAGGACGACCAGAACUUCUACGACAGUUGUGUGAACAGCUCUUCAAACCCUUCUAUCUUUGUCAUCUUUGAGAAGCAGCAGGUUUAUCCGGAGUAUCUCAUAGAAUACUUGGAUCAGGCAUGUGCAAGAGUGCUGUAGCAGCAAAACUGGUCAUCGUUAUGUGUAGCUCAAAUAAACACUAUAUUUGUCUUGACGUAA